CUGACCUCAUUGUAAGGCGCGAUCCCAAGGUCCACUGCGAUUUCCCGCUUGGUCCUUCAAAUUUGCCAGCUUCCAACAUUCUCCUUUAUUUUAACCUCCCUCCACACACACACACACACACACACACACACACACACAAACCAAAGGCACUUUUAAGAGCCACGUCUGUUUUGUUAACCUGUACUUGUCUCUCUGUAGCUCGCUCUGUCUCUUUCUCUAUUUACAUUGUUCGAUCUGUCUAUCUUUCUGUUUCUCUCAAUAGGUCCUACAAAAACUCUAUUUUAACACAUUGUCUGUCUGUUUUUUUGUAUAUUUCUUCUUUAUAUUUCUUGUCAAGUUAUGACGAGGCCCAAAUUCCGGCCCUGCCCAUCUUGCCAGACUCCUAAUCAGGCAAGCAGGAAAAGUUGUUAUGUCUGCUUUGGAAGUCUGUCCACUAAACAAAAAAUAAAUGACAAAGUAGUGUCACUGGAUAGCCAGUGGGGGCAAUCUGUCAAGAAAAGCAGAAAUGUUGGGCGCAUAAUUGAUUCUGCCCGUAUUGCAGUGCGGAAACUUGAGGCAGUGGGUUACAAGCCCAUUUUAUUUAUUGGAAAACAAAAUAAAAAGGCUUCAAAUAAGUGGGUUGCAGACAUAAUUACCCAUCUGCACCCCACUCCUGUCACAAGAAAUUUUUUGGAGAAUAUGCAUAGGGCUUAUGAAUUUAUCUUGACUAAGGCAACCUCCACAGCACAGCAGCUGGACAGUGACAUCCCCACAGCAGAGCAGCACAACAGCCCCCGUCAGGAGCAGUGCAGUGGUUCCAUUCUGGAGCCGGAGAGCCUCACCGAGGACCUGCCAGAGAACCUCACCGAGGACCUGCCGGAGAGCCUCACCGCGGAGCAGUCGAAGAAUCUCACAAAGGAGUCCGAGACUGUAUUUAUACUCAACCUUGUUUCUCUGUCUUCCCCACACUCUCCAACUUCUCUCUCUCCUCCAUCUUCUACUACUUUUACAGCUGUUCUUCCUCCACAGUCUUCUCCACUGCCAUGCUCUAAGUCUUUGCAACAGAGGAAGAAAAGGACAAAAACCUCAAUCUGUUCACCAGCACCUUCUGCCACCUCUGUCUCUCCUCCAUCUCUUAUCCCCACAGAUCUCUCCCUUCCACAGUCUUGUCCUCCACCUGCUGCCUCUUCCAUCUCCCAGUCCUUGAGUCAGGAGGGGCCAAGUGUGAAGAAGAAAAGAAAGGGUUGCCGAAAAUGUAGUAGACAGAAGAUCUUCCUGUUUGAUAAAAUAACUGGGGAAAGAAUAAAUGAGGGAAAAGCAGAAUUGAAAGUCCACUGGUUGCCUUGCACUGUGUGUAGCAAAACUUGGGAUGACACAUGGGAGCCUGCCAGCGAGUUGCAUCAUUUUUUGCCAGUGUCUCCAAAUCCCAGCCAUCUUUCACCAUGACAGUCUCCUCACCCUGAACACCUGGACUCGUCAAGCACACUUCAGUUCUGAGUGUGUUGUUGUUGUUUUGCUUGCUGUUCUUCAUUAAAGUUUUUGCACAGUGCAUACACUCUUUUAGUAUUUUUUAAAAAAAAGUUGUCAUUUUAAACACCUUUUGCAUUUGUCAUGAACUGCGUAACAGCCAGGUAGUGUAGCAUGGAGAGGGCCUGCUACAAACACGCUGUUUGUUAUAAUGGCAUGCCCAAAGAUAUUAUUUUUAAAGAUUUUUGCAGUGCAAUUUUAGUAUUGCAUUGAUGCAAACUCCUCCCCUGUAGGUGACAACUC